CACAGACACACACACACACACACAGACACAUUGACAGCAUGGGUGGCAUUGCAGCCAAGCUCGGGUAUACACAGCCAGAGGUGAAGGUGGUCAUGCUGGGGCUGGAUGCAGCGGGAAAGACAUCGCUGCUGUAUCGCAUGAAGCUGAAUGAGAACAUCACACCCAUCCCCACAAUCGGCUUCAACGUCGAAUCCAUUCCAAACGACACUGUCGAGCUCACUCUCUGGGAUGUCGGCCUUCGAUCAGCGGCGCGGAAGAUGGCCCACCUGUACAUAGCGACGACGGAUGCGUUGGUGUUUGUGGUGGACGCGACAGACCGCGAGCGGCUUGAUGAGGCCGUGGAGAUGCUGGUGGAUGAGUGCUUGCCCUCCCUGAACACACAGGCGCCCAUCCUUGUUCUUGCCAACAAGCAGGACAUCAAGGGCGCCCUCUCACCAGCGUGGCUUGGUCGCCUGGCUGUGGAUUUCCUGAGCAACUACUCGAGGCCCGAACCCUUCUUCCUCAAGGUGUCAUUCCACCGGCCCCACUCGCCCUACGACCCGCCGCAGCGUGUCAUCAAUCAAGUCCAGUCCCGCGGGCUCCCGCCGCUGUAUGUCGGCGACACCUGGGACGACAUCUACGCAGACGACCUCGAGAACUGCGGCCCCCAGCUGGCGGACGCUGACGAUCACGGCGACGGCCAGUCCGAUCACCGGCACUGGCGAAAGGGAUUUCCCUACUUCUUCUCCGCACGCGUUCCCUUCCUCUUCCGCUGGCCAGAUGGUGUCAACUUUCCCCGUCUCCACGCAACAGUGCAUGGGACGCUUCUCAUGGCAGAUACGGAAAUGAAAUACAUUUUCCACGCAUUUGACGCGACGGAGCAGCUCUUCAACAUCUCCGCCGAUCCACAUGAACUGCACGAUCUCAGCGGUGACCCGGCAUAUCAGCUGGAACUUGCCCUCUGGCGCGGGCGAAUGGUUGCGCAAUUUGAGCGAGAGGGACGUGGGUCAAACUGGGUCGUCAACAGCACGCUCCUGCAGAGAACACACGGUCAAGUGUAUUCUCCAAACUUUCCCCCGGGCCCAACGGCUCUCCCAAAGACACGCGUCGUCACAGACAGGAACGGGGUCAUGUAUGUGGACAAGUGCAGGGCGAACGAUGUGUCGCAGAUGUUUUCGGUGGACAACAGGACCAUCAUUCACCUUGCGUCAGGCCUAUGCGUCACAGCUCUGUCUACGAGCGCGUUUCAGGGCCCCGCCCCCAUUGUCAACGCAUACUGCGUGCCAGGCUCCACGCAACAGCAGUUUUUGAUUGGCGCGUCUGGGCGCACGUGUGCAAACUGGUUUGACAGCCUGUGCAUCACGGUUGAUGCGAGAUACCCGGACACCACAUCCAGGUGGUGGUCGCUUCCGCAGCAGCCGAAGCGGAAACAGCGGAAACAGCAGCAGCAGCAGCAGCAGUGGGGAGAACGACGGCAAGAAGAAGAAGGGCAGCAGCGCAAGCAGCGACAAUGGGGACACGUUGCCAGCAGCCCGUGAUGCUCGUGGUGGAUGGAAACACUAGCGAUGACAUGUAUUUGUUACACAACCCUGUUUUGGGAUUGUUGGUUGGUUGUUUCACGUUGCCAACCAACCUACAUGAACGCGCACACUGGUCCAAGCGACAUUCAACAAUAAACGUCACACAGAC